AUGACAUGUGAGAAAAAUCUAUUUUACACAUUGAACGAGUCAGUAAAUCAUAAAGUUAAAUUUAGAGAUGAUAACGAGGUAGAAGUGAAAGGGAAAGGUUCAGUGAUGAUCAAAAUGCAUGGAGGAGUUCUGAAAUUAAUUCAUGAUUUAAAAUAUGUGCCAAGGUUAGCUCAUAAUUUGUUGAGCAUUGGGAAGUUGACAUCAAGUGGUUAUGAUAUUGUAUUUGGCGAGGAUGAUUACCAAAUUGUAAAUGCAAUGACAGCAACCAAAAAAACCCAAACUCUCCUCCUCGUCACUUUAGCUGCACUAUGCAUCACCUCCUACGCCGGCAUCGGCAGCAUCGUUGUCUACUGGGGCCAAAACGGCUUUGAAGGCUCUCUGGCAGAGGCAUUCGUGGUUCUCGCUUUCCUUUACCAGUUCGGCAACUUCCAGACUCCGGGCAUCAACCUUGCAGGGCACUGUGAUCCUACCUCUAGUGGUUGUGUUAGCAUUGGCAAUGAUAUUAAGCCUUGCCAAAGCCAAGGUAUCAAGGUGUUUCUCUCUUUGGGUGGAGCCUCCGGCAGCUACACACUUGUAUCCACUCAAGAUGCUCAGCAGGUGGCUGACUACCUUUGGAACAACUUCCUCGGAGGGUCAUCGUCUUCUCGGCCACUCGGAGAUGCUGUUUUAGACGAUAUUGAUUUUGAUAUCGAGGGUGGAACUACUCAACACUGGGAUGAGCUUGCUCAGAUGCUCUUCGAUUAUAGUCAACAAGGACAAAAGGUGCACCGCAGUGGAUACAGCCUCUGCCCAGAAUUUGAUAGGCUUGUAUCUUUUGCACUCGCCACUGGUCUUUUUGACUAUGUCUGGGUGCAAUUCUAUAACAAUCUUCCAUGCCACUACUUCAGCAACGCUGUUAACUUGAUUAGUUCUUGGAACCAGUGGACAUCAAGUGUAACGGCUACUAAACUCUUCAUAGGGUUGCCCGCGUCACCAGAAGCCGCUGGAAGUGGGUACAUAUCACCGGACACUCUGAUCUCUGAGGUGCUCCCUUCCAUCAUGUAUUCAGACAAAUAUGGGGGUAUCAUGCCUUGGAGUCGUUACUAUGAUCUUUUGAGUGGUUAUAGCUCUCAAAUUAGACGUGUUAAUUUGGUGUCAUUACCAGGGAAUAUCUCUGCAAUUAAGGCUACUGUUUGA